ACUCCCCCAACUUUUAGUCGCUUCGACGUCACAAACCUGCGAUCCUGUAUUCUCUGCUUCCCCCCCAAACCCAAAGCACCUCGUGACCUCGCGGUGAGCCGGCCUUGCUCGGUUGCUCCGAUUCCCGCCCCGAUCUCCGGCCAUGGCCCCCAGAUGGCUGCCCCUCCUGGCUGUCCUCCUCCUCGCUGCCUCGCCGGCGGCCCGCGCCCUCCGGUUCGACCUCGAGUCGGGCCACACCAAGUGCAUCUCCGACGAGAUCAAGGUCGACUCCAUGGCCGUCGGCAAGUACCACGUCGUCGGGACCGACCCCAGCAACCCCGACGCCCCGCUCCCGGAAUCCCACCGCAUCUCCCUCAGGGUGACUUCGCCGUACGGGAACAGCAUGCACUUCUCGGAGAACGUGCAGUCGGGGCACUUCGCCUUCACGGCCUCGGAGGCCGGCGACUACCUGGCCUGCUUCUGGGCGCCCGACCACAAGCCGCCCGUCACUGUCACCUUCGAGUUCGAUUGGAGGAGCGGCGUCACGGCCAAGGACUGGCCCAGCGUCGCCAAGAAGGGCCAGGUCGAUAUGAUGGAACUAGAGUUGAAGAAGCUGGAGGAUACCAUCAAAGCUAUCCACGAAGAGAUGUAUUAUCUACGCGAAAGGGAGGAGGAAAUGCAGAACAUGAACAGGCAAACGAACUCAAGGAUGGGUUGGCUUGGGUUCCUUUCCCUCGGCAUCUGCUUGUCUGUGGCUGGGUUGCAGCUGUGGCACCUCAAGACCUUUUUCGAGCGGAAGAAACUUCUUUAGUUUCCCCCAUGAUCACAUAUUCUUGCGAAACUAGGGUAUAUUGUUUCUGUCAGCUAUUAACUUAUGUUCCCAAGCGUAUGUAUACUCAAAUCCUCUGUACGAAGGAGUGUUUAUCAUACUUGCGGAUGUUUUAUCUGUGACCCUACUCCCUAGCUUGUCUAUUCUAAACAGUUGUCAAACGUGUCAAAGUUGUUGAUUGGUUUGAUUUCAUGGUGUUGGUGUCGAGCCACAUCGCUUUUGUUCUUCA